AUGGCUACCGACACAGCAAAGCUCCAAUUCUUCCCCUCCAAGCCCCGCGUCUUCAUCGUCUCUGACAUCUCCAAUGAGCCCGACGAUGCGGAGUCGCUGGUGAGAUACCUCUUGUACUCAAACCAGUUCAACACCGAAGGUCUCGUCGCAUGCACCUCGACAUGGAUGAAGACCAAGGUCUGCCCGCAGGACAUGCACAAGAUUGUUGAUGCAUAUGCGGGCGCGGUCGAUAACCUCAACAAACACGCCCACCCAGACUUUCAAUACCCUACCGCCGAGUACUUGAAGAGCAUUAUCAAGCCUGGACCUCCAGUCUACGGCUUCAAAGCUAUCGGCCAUGACAUCCCCCUCAGCGAAGGCAGCGAGCUCCUCCUCGAGCGGGUCAAGGUCCCAUCACAAGAUCCCCUCUGGAUCCUCGUCUGGGGUGGAACCAACGUCCUCGCCCAGGUCCUCUUCAAGCUCAAGCACUCCAUCCCCGAGGACGAGUUCGCCGCCAUCCGCUCGUGGCUGAGGGUCUACACCAUCUCGGACCAGGACGACACGGGCGCAUGGAUCCGCAACACCUUUCCCGACAUCUUUUACAUCUCGUCGGUGCACGCAUGGAACCAGUACGGCAUGGCUGCGUGGACUGGUAUCUCGGGCGACGAGUUUUAUGGCUUUGAUCAGGGCGGUCCCGACUUUUCCAAGCUUACCAAGGAGUGGUUCAAGGAGAACGUCCAGAUCGGUCCUCUGGGCUCUGCGUACCCCGACUAUAUGUUUAUCCCUGAGGGCGACACCCCUACCUUCCUAUACCUCAUCCAGAACGGUCUGGGCGUCCCAGAGCACCCCGAAUACGGAUCCUGGGGAGGUCGUUACCUGCUCACUGACAUCAGCGAGGAUGGUCUCGGAAGCAAGCACUAUAGUGACGCCUGCGACAAGGUAGUAGGCAAGGACGGAAAGCUAUACCAGUCCAACCACGCAACCAUCUGGCGCUGGCGAGACGCAUACCAGAACGACUUUGCCGCCAGGAUCCAAUGGACGCUCUCGCCUUCGCUUUCAUCCGCCAACCACCACCCCAUCAUCACCCUCAACGGCUCGUCAGGCACGUCGCCUAUCUAUAUCUCCGCCGAGGCCGGUACCACCGUCACGCUCGAUGCCACUGGCACGUAUGAUCCUGACGGAGACGAGCUCACAUACAAGUGGUGGCAGUACCGUGACCCCAGCGCAUCUCAAUGGGCGACAUUCUUCGAGGUAGACGGUACCAAGAUCGAGAAUAAGGACGGUAGCGACAAGAUUGUCGAUGUGACGCUUCCUCCCCCGGAGCAGUGCUGUGUUGAGCUUCUUAGCAGAGCUGCCAUCGCCAAGGGUCAGGUCCUGCAUAUUAUCCUUGAGGUGACAGACUCAGGGACGCCGAGCUUGACGAGUUACAGGAGAGUCAUCAUUCAGACAACGAACAAGGACCUCAAGGGGGGUCAGGCACCUCGAGAGGCCAUCGGCGAUGUUGUCGCCGCAUAG